ACCUGGCUGAUGACGUCAUCUGUCCCCCAGGUGCACCAGUAACAAAAACCUAAUUGAAAAUGAAUACCUCGAGACGUUUCCUCAUCUCGCGCAUUUCUUAACAUAUCACCAAACACGGAAUGUUACCGAUUGAUUGUUUGACGGAUUGGUUGAUGUCAUCCUGGUGCUUUGGCUCCGUAGCGCAGAGCCGCUCCUCCGGGAGACGCGUCGACCACUAGAGGAUCAUAUCAUCCAUUGAGACCUUCCCCUCCAGCAUGGCCUUCGAGCUGGACCCGUCCGAGACCCCAGAGUUGUUGUGGUUGUUUGUUUUGUACAGUCCAUGCAAAACAAGAUUGAAGAAACGCGAGAGAGGAUUCGCUCGGAGUACGAUCCAGAGUCUUCGGGCCGGUACCAGCCCGUGGACGUGCAGCGGCUCUGGGAGGAUGAUGGCUUUGUGGCGAGCUACCUGGAGGCCAAACGUCACGUCGUGGCAGACACCGUGAAAAUUAUUGACGAAAGCCUACAAUGGAGAAAUGAGUUCAGCGUCAAUGACAUCGCAGAGGACAAUCUCCAGAAGUCCUUCCUGGAGGCCGGGAUGCAUUAUUUCCGAGGCUACGACAAAGACGGCAACAAGCUGUUCUGGUUCCGCUUGAAGCUCCAGGCAAAGGAUAGCCGUACGCUGCAGGAGAAGAAGAGGUACCUGGCCUUCUGGCUGGAGCGCUUCGUCAGGCACGAGCCGGGCGCCCUGCUCACCACCGUGUUCGACAUGUCCGAGUCCGGCCUGGGCAACGUGGACAUGGAGUUCCUGAGGUUCCUCAUCACCUGCUUUCAAGUGUAUUACCCCAGACUGCUGGCUAAAAUCCUCAUAUUUGAGCUGCCAUGGAUUAUGAACGCGGCAUGGAAGAUUGUGAAGUCCUGGCUUGGGCCGGACGCCAUCGACAAGCUGAAGUUUGUGACGCGGCACGACGUGCAGACCUACAUCGAGCUGGAGCAGCUCCCCCUGCACAUGGGUGGGAUGGAUGUCUUCGAGUACAGUUACCCUCCUCUGCCAGAGGACGACUUCCAUUCGCCGCUGUCCGAGUCGGGCCAGGGGGAGGCGGGGGUCAAGGAGACGGCCGACCCGGAGCCACGGCUCAGGAAGGAGGGGGACGUCGACUCCAGGGCCAGGCCCCCCAGACGACCCACCACCACCACCACCACCAUCACAGGCUCCCUGCUCCGCUUCAGCCCAGGGCGGGAACUGUGCUUCGGCCAGUCAAUGGAUGACCGACGAUGUGUCAUCCUUCUUGAGAACAUCCCCAAAAACCCGGUGGCCUAUAAGGUUCGUACCACGGCCCCAGACAACUACAGGGUGAAGCCCAGCAGUGGUGUCCUGGAUCCGGGUUCCAGCGUGGAGAUCAUGGUCUCACUGCAUGGAGGCUCCCAGGCCUCUCCUCAGGACCGCUUCCUAGUAAUGGCCGCUGAGAUGGAGAAGGCCGUUGCCGGGGAAAACCAAGACCUGGCCCAGUUCUGGAAGGACAUCCCCAAGACUAAAGUGAUGGAGCACAGGUUACAGUGUAAAGUUCUUCAAGGUGUUAAACCCGCCCACAUCCAGACCACCAACCCCCACGCAGACCUAACUAACGGCACUGGCGGCCAACAGGACACGCACACUAUGCUGCUGAAACUUCUGGCUGGAUCCAGGCGCCUGGAACAGAAGCUGGAUCACUGCCUCUGGACGGAGAAUGUUUUGAUCGUCAUGGUCACCCUACUGACGGCCAUCUUAUCCUGUUGCCUCUACACUCAACACACUGGGCUGGGGCUAUUUUAACCGGGCCCCAGGCUUCUUGUGCAAUGGACCCGAUCGGCUGGAUCCAGAGCACUGAUGAAGACCCCUAAGUCGGGUAUGGUUGACAGACUUCUAAGAGAAGGGGUGUGGGUGUGCGGGAGGAACAAGCUGUUUGUUUGUUUGUUGACUGAAAGUUGUAUCUAUUUGGGAAUUAUUUCUCAUCCACCUCUGGAUAUAUCAUUUUUUGUGAAAUCUCUGUUAAUUGGAAAGCUGGCAAUAAAAAUAUUGGAAUUAUAAAAUCUA